CGCGCGGCCGAGGGGCGCUCGGCACCCCCGCGCUCACGCACACCCCCGCGCCCAGCCCGCGCGCGCACACGCGCCCGCCGCCGCCGCCGCCACCCCCUCCCCGCCUCGGGACUGCAGCUGUUUCAUGUGGGGCAGCGGCAGAGCCGGCAGGGACGCCGGCCGGGAGCGGCCCGAGCCGGGGCGUGCGCGCGGCUGGAGGCUCGCCUGGGCUCCGCGCCCCGCGGGAGCUAUUGUUGGUCUCGCCGGAGCGCAGCGCCCCGCGCCGCCGACCCGGACGCGUCUCGCCUCCCCGCCGCCCUCCUCCGCGCCCCGCCGGCGGCGGCAGCCUGCAGCCACGAUGGGAAAACUGAGAUCCAGAGAGGGUUAGCAGUCUCCUGGACACUUGGUCAGUGGAAAGGAUCCAGUCCGCCCCGCAGGAUGCGAUGGCCCUGGAGAGAGGGCGACCAGGCCUGCAGACCCUGCUGACCCGUGCCCUGCUGACAUGGAGCCAGGUAGACUGAAAUUACCAUGUGUCCAAAUUAAAAUUGCAUACUUCAAGGAUUAUUUGAAGGACUAUUCUUAGACCCUUUUAAGAAGAUUUAAGAAAACUGCGGCCGGCAUGGACGUGAAGGAGAGGAAGCCCUACCGCUCGCUGACACGGCGCCGCGAUGCCGCUGAGCGCCGCCACACGGGCUCGUCGGCCGACAGCGAGGAGGGCAAGGCCCCGCACAAGUCCUACAGCUCCAGCGAGACGCUCAAGGCCUACGACCAGGACGCGCGUCUGGCCUACGGCGGCAGUCGUGUGCCCGAGCUGGUGCCACACGAGGCUGAGUUUGGCCGAGCAGGAGCCAACUUCAGCCUGCGAGAGCUGGGGCUGGGCGAGGUGACGCCCCCCCACGGGAGCCUCUACAGAACCGAUGUGGGCCUCCCCCACUGCGGCUACACCCUGGGCGCCAGCCCCGACGCCGAGCUGUCCCCCGAGCACCCUGCACGCCUGUGGGGCCGCAGCACGCGGUCAGGACGCAGCUCCUGCCUGUCCAGCCGGGCCAACUCCAACCUCACGCUGACCGACACGGAGCACGAGAACACGGAGACCGGUGCGCCCUUGCAUGGUUCCUCCGCGUCGUCCACCCCCGUUGAGCCGUCCCCCUCCCCGCCCCCCUCCCCGCCGGCCAAUGAGAGCCGGAGGCGGUUGCUAGGCAGCGCCGUGGCCCCGCCCGCCGCGGACUCGGACUCAGAGGACGAGUUUGUCCCUAAUUCAUUCUUAGUUAGAAGUGGCUCCGCCAGCCCGGGGGGCGCGGCGAACGAUCACCCCGGCGGCCUGCAGAACCACCCCCGGCUCCGGACGCCGCCGCUUCCGCACGCACACACCCCCAGCCAGCACCACGCAGCCUCCGUCAGCUCCCUGAACCGGGGCAACUUCACGCCCAGGAGCAACCCCAGCCCAGCACCCACUGACCACUCGCUGUCCGCAGAGCCCCCCGCCAGUGCCGUGCAGGAGCCGGCCCACGCCCAGGACAACUGGCUGCUCAACAGCAACAUCCCCCUGGAGACCAGACACCUAGGCAAGCAGCCCUUCCUCGGGUCCUUGCAGGACACCGUCAUUGAGAUGGACAUUCUCAGCGCCUCCCGCCACGAAGGGGCUUACAGUGACGGGCAUUUCCUCUUCAAGCCGGGGGGCACCUCGCCACUCUUCUGCACCACGUCGCCCGGGUACCCCCUGACCUCCAGCACCGUGUACUCCCCCCCGCCCCGGCCCCUGCCCCGCAGCACCUUCUCGCGGCCGGCCUUCAGCCUCAAGAAGCCGUCCAAGUACUGCAACUGGAAGUGCGCGGCCCUCAGCGCCAUCGUCCUCUCGGCCAGCCUGCUCGUGCUGCUGGCCUACUUCGUGGCCAUGCACCUGUUUGCCCUGAACUGGCACCUGCAGCCGAUGGAGGGGCAGACGUAUGAGAUCACGGAGGACACAGCCAGCAGUUGGCCUGUGCCAACGGACGUUUCCCUGUAUCCCUCAGGGGGCACUGGCUUAGAGAGCCCUGACAGGCCAGGCAAAGGAACGGCAGAAGGAAAGCCCAGUAGUUUUUUUCCAGAGGACAGUUUUAUAGACUCCGGAGAGAUCGACGUGGGGAGACGGGCUUCCCAGAAGAUUCCUCCCGGCACCUUCUGGAGAUCUCAGGUCUUCAUCGACCACCCCGUGCACCUGAAAUUCAACGUGUCUCUGGGAAAGGCUGCUCUUGUUGGCAUAUAUGGCCGGAAAGGCCUCCCUCCCUCACAUACACAGUUUGACUUUGUGGAGCUGCUGGAUGGAAGGAGACUGCUGAGCCCGGAGGCACGGAGCCUGGAGGGGCCCCAGCGCCAGUCCCGGGGCGUCGUGCCCCCCUCGAGCCACGAGACCGGCUUCAUCCAGUAUUUAGAUUCGGGGACCUGGCACCUGGCAUUUUACAACGAUGGGAAGGAGUCUGAAGUGGUUUCCUUUCUCACCACCGCCAUUGAGUCGGUGGAGAACUGCCCCAGCAACUGCUACGGCAACGGCGACUGCAUCUCUGGGACCUGUCACUGCUUCCUCGGCUUCCUGGGCCCUGACUGUGGCAGAGCCUCCUGUCCCGUGCUCUGCAGUGGGAACGGCCAGUACGUGAAGGGCCGGUGCCUGUGCCACAGUGGCUGGAAGGGUGCCGAGUGUGACGUGCCCACCAGCCAGUGCAUCGACGUGGCCUGCAGCCACCAUGGCACCUGCAUCGUGGGGACCUGCAUCUGCAACCCGGGCUACAAGGGCGAGAGCUGCGAGGAAGUGGACUGCAUGGACCCCACAUGCUCGGGCCGCGGCGUCUGCGUACGAGGCGAGUGCCACUGCUCCGUGGGCUGGGGAGGCGCCAACUGCGAGACCCCCAGAGCCACGUGCCUGGACCAGUGCUCAGGCCACGGAACCUUCCUCCCAGACACGGGGCUGUGCAGCUGCGACCCCAGCUGGACCGGCCAUGACUGUUCCAUCGAGAUCUGUGCUGCUGACUGUGGGGGCCACGGCGUCUGCGUGGGGGGUGCCUGCCGCUGUGAAGAUGGCUGGAUGGGGGCAGCCUGCGACCAGCGGGCCUGUCACCCGCGCUGCGCCGAGCAUGGGACGUGCCGAGACGGCAAGUGUGAGUGCAGCCCGGGCUGGAACGGCGAGCACUGCACCAUCGCGCACUAUCUGGAUAGGGUAGUUAAAGAGGGCUGUCCUGGUUUGUGCAACGGGAACGGCCGGUGUACCUUGGACUUGAACGGGUGGCACUGCGUCUGCCAGCUGGGCUGGCGGGGAGCCGGCUGUGACACGUCCAUGGAGACAGCCUGCGGUGAUAGCAAAGACAACGACGGAGAUGGCUUGACGGACUGCCUGGACCCCGACUGCUGCCUACAGCCCCUCUGCCACGCCAGCCCGCUGUGCCUCGGCUCCCCCGACCCGCUGGACAUCAUCCAGGAGAGCCCGGCCCCCGCGUCGCAGCAGAGCCUGUACCCCUUCUACAACCGCAUCAGGUUUCUGGUGGGCAGGGACAGCACGCACGUCACCCCCGAGGAGAACCCCUUCGACGGAGGGCACGCAUGUGUCAUUCGAGGUCAAGUGAUGACCUCAGACGGGACGCCGCUGGUGGGGGUGAACAUCAGCUUUGUGAAUAACCCCCUCUUCGGAUACACCAUCAGCCGGCAGGAUGGCAGCUUCGACCUGGUCACCAACGGCGGCAUCUCCAUCGGCCUGCGCUUUGAGCGGGCGCCCUUCCUCACCCAGGAGCACACGCUCUGGCUGCCGUGGGAUCGCUUCUUUGUCAUGGAGACCAUCGUCAUGCGGCACGAGGAGAACGACAUUCCCAGCUGUGACCUGAGCAACUUCGCCCGCCCCAACCCCAUCGUGGCCCCGUCCCCUCUGACGUCCUUCGCCAGCUCCUGCGCAGAGAAAGGCCCCAUUGUUCCAGAAAUCCAGGCUCUGCAGGAGGAAAUUGCCAUUUCUGGCUGCAAGAUGAAGCUGAGCUACCUCAGCAGCCGCACCCCAGGCUACAAGUCCGUCCUGAGGAUCAGCCUCACGCACCCCACCAUCCCCUUCAACCUCAUGAAGGUGCACCUGAUGGUGGCGGUGGAAGGCCGGCUCUUCAGGAAGUGGUUCGCUGCCGCGCCUGAUCUGUCUUACUACUUCAUCUGGGACAAGACAGAUGUCUACAACCAGAAGGUGUUCGGGCUCUCGGAAGCCUUCGUGUCCGUGGGUUAUGAGUACGAGUCCUGCCCAGACCUGAUCCUGUGGGAGAAGAGGACGGCCGUGCUGCAGGGCUACGAGCUCGAUGCUUCCAGGCUGGGGGGAUGGAGCCUGGACAAGCAUCACGCCCUCAACAUCCAGAGCGGCAUCCUGCACAAAGGCAACGGGGAGAACCAGUUUGUGUCCCAGCAGCCCCCCGUCAUCGGGAGCACCAUGGGCAACGGGCGCCGCAGGAGCAUCUCCUGCCCCAGCUGCAACGGCCUGGCUGACGGGAACAAGCUGCUGGCCCCGGUGGCCCUGACCUGCGGCUCCGACGGCAGCCUCUACGUGGGCGACUUCAACUACAUCCGCAGGAUCUUCCCCUCGGGCAACGUCACCAACAUCCUGGAGCUGAGAAAUAAAGAUUUCAGACAUAGUCACAGCCCAGCUCACAAGUACUACCUGACCACUGACCCCAUGAGCGGGGCCGUCUUCCUCUCUGACACCAACAGCCGCCGGGUCUUCAAGAUCAAGUCCACGGUGGUGGUGAAGGACCUCGUCAAGAACGCCGAAGUGGUGGCAGGGACAGGGGACCAGUGCCUGCCCUUUGACGACACCCGCUGUGGGGACGGCGGCAAAGCCACUGAAGCCACACUCACCAACCCCAGGGGCAUCACGGUGGACAAGUCCGGGCUCAUCUACUUCGUGGACGGCACCAUGAUCCGCCGCAUCGAUCAGAAUGGGAUCAUCUCCACCCUGCUGGGCUCCAACGACCUCACCUCGGCACGGCCCCUCAGCUGCGACUCAGUCAUGGACAUUUCUCAGGUUCGCCUGGAGUGGCCCACAGACCUGGCUGUCAGCCCCAUGGACAACUCCCUCUACGUCCUCGACAACAACGUGGUCCUGCAGAUCUCUGAAAACCACCAGGUGCGCAUCGUGGCUGGGAGGCCCAUGCACUGCCAGGUUCCCGGCAUCGACCACUUCCUGCUGAGCAAGGUGGCCAUCCACGCGACCCUGGAGUCAGCCACCGCAGUGGCUGUCUCUCACAACGGGGUCCUGUACAUCGCAGAGACUGAUGAGAAGAAGAUCAACCGCAUCCGGCAGGUCACCACCAGCGGGGAGAUCUCGCUGGUGGCUGGGGCCCCGAGUGGCUGUGACUGUAAAAAUGAUGCCAACUGUGACUGUUUCUCUGGAGACGACGGUUAUGCCAAGGACGCGAAGCUCAACACCCCAUCCUCCCUGGCCGUGUGUGCUGAUGGUGAACUGUAUGUGGCAGACCUUGGGAACAUCCGAAUCCGGUUUAUCAGGAAGAACAAGCCUUUCCUCAACACCCAGAACAUGUAUGAGCUAUCCUCACCCAUCGACCAGGAGCUCUACCUGUUUGAUACCAGUGGCAAGCACCUCUAUACCCAAAGCCUGCCCACAGGGGAUUACCUGUACAACUUCACCUACACCAGCGAGGGGGAUGUCACACUCAUCACUGACAACAACGGCAACAUGGUGAACAUCCGGCGAGACUCCACUGGCAUGCCCCUCUGGCUCGUGGUCCCAGAUGGCCAGGUGUACUGGGUGACCAUGGGCACCAACAGUGCACUCAGGAGCGUGACCACACAAGGACACGAGUUGGCCAUGAUGACCUACCAUGGCAACUCAGGCCUGCUGGCAACCAAGAGCAAUGAAAAUGGAUGGACGACGUUUUACGAGUAUGACAGCUUCGGCCGCCUGACAAAUGUGACCUUCCCUACUGGCCAGGUGAGCAGUUUCCGGAGCGACACGGACAGCUCCGUGCACGUCCAGGUAGAAACGUCCAGCAAGGAUGACGUCACCAUCACCACCAACCUGUCUGCCUCAGGGGCCUUCUAUGCUUUGGUGCAAGACCAGGUCCGGAACAGCUACUACAUUGGUGCCGACGGCUCCCUGCGGCUGCUGCUGGCCAACGGCAUGGAGGUGGCGCUGCAGACCGAGCCCCACCUGCUGGCCGGCACAGUCAACCCCACCGUGGGCAAGAGGAACGUCACGCUGCCCAUCGACAACGGCCUCAACCUGGUGGAGUGGCGGCAGCGCAAGGAGCAGGCGCGGGGCCAGGUCACCGUCUUCGGGCGCCGGCUGCGGGUUCACAACCGAAACCUCCUGUCCCUGGACUUUGACCGCGUGACCCGCACAGAGAAGAUCUACGACGACCACCGCAAGUUCACCCUCCGGAUCCUGUAUGACCCGGCGGGCCGGCCCAGCCUCUGGUCCCCCAGCAGCAGGCUGAAUGGCGUCAACGUCACCUACUCCCCGGGCGGCCACAUCGCGGGCAUCCAGCGGGGCAUCAUGUCGGAGAGAAUGGAGUACGAUCAGGCCGGCCGCAUCACCUCCAAGAUCUUUGCCGACGGGAAGAUAUGGAGCUACACGUACCUGGAGAAGUCCAUGGUGCUCCUUCUGCACAGCCAGCGGCAGUACAUCUUUGAGUUCGACAAGAACGACCGCCUCUCAUCCGUGACCAUGCCCAAUGUGGCCAGGCAGACGCUGGAGACCAUCCGCUCCGUGGGCUACUACCGAAACAUCUACCGGCCGCCCGAGGGCAAUGCCUCUGUCAUCCAGGACUACAGUGAGGACGGGCGCCUCCUGCACACGGCCUACCUGGGCACCGGCCGCAGCGUGCGCUACAGGUACGGGAAGCUGGCCAAGCUGGCCGAGCUGCUGUACGACACCACCAAGGUGAGCUUCACCUACGACGAGACGGCGGGCAUGCUCAAGACUGUCAACCUGCAGAACGAGGGCUUCACCUGCACCAUCCGCUACCGGCAGAUCGGGCCCCUCAUUGACCGGCAGAUCUUCCGCUUCACCGAGGAGGGCAUGGUCAACGCCCGCUUCGACUACAACUACGACAACAGCUUCCGGGUGACCAGCAUGCAGGCCGUCAUCAACGAGACCCCACUGCCCAUCGACCUGUACCGCUACGACGACGUGUCGGGCAAGACGGAGCAGUUCGGCAAGUUCGGCGUCAUCUACUACGACAUCAACCAGAUCAUCACCACGGCCGUGAUGACGCACACCAAGCACUUCGACGCCUACGGCCGCAUGAAGGAGGUACAGUACGAGAUCUUCCGCUCGCUCAUGUACUGGAUGACCGUCCAGUACGACAACAUGGGGCGCGUGGUGAAGAAGGAGCUGAAGGUGGGGCCCUACGCCAACACCUCGCGCUACGCCUACGAGUACGACGCGGACGGGCAGCUGCAGACCGUCUCCAUCAACGACAAGCCCCUGUGGCGCUACAGCUACGACCUCAACGGGAACCUGCACCUGCUCAACCCCGGCAACAGCGUGCGCCUCACGCCGCUGCGCUACGACCUCCGUGACCGCAUCACGCGGCUGGGCGACGUGCAGUACAAGGUGGACGAGGACGGCUUCCUGCGGCAGCGCGGCGGCGACGUCUUCCAGUACAGCUCGGCCGGCCUGCUGGUGCGCGCCUACAACCGCGCGGGCGGCUGGAGCGUCAGGUACCGCUACGACGGCCUGGGCCGCCGCGUGUCCAGCAAGAGCAGCCAGGGCCACCACCUGCAGUUCUUCUACGCCGACCUGAGCAACCCCACCAGGGUCACCCACCUCUACAACCACUCCAGCUCCGAGAUCACGUCCCUCUACUACGACCUGCAGGGCCACCUGUUUGCCAUGGAGCUGAGCAGCAGUGACGAGUUCUACAUCGCCUGUGACAACAUCGGGACCCCCCUGGCCGUCUUCAGCGGGACGGGCCUGAUGGUCAAGCAGCUCCUGUACACUGCCUACGGGGAGAUCUACAUGGACACCAACCCCAACUUCCAGAUUGUCAUUGGCUACCACGGGGGCCUCUACGACCCGCUCACCAAGCUGGUGCACAUGGGCCGGAGGGACUACGACGUGCUGGCCGGACGCUGGACCAGCCCGGACCAUGGGCUGUGGCAGCGUCUCAGCAGCACCAACAUCGUGCCCUUCAACCUCUACAUGUUCAAGAACAACAACCCCAUCAGCAACUCUCAGGACAUCAAGUGCUUCAUGACAGAUGUCAACAGCUGGCUGCUCACCUUCGGGUUCCAGCUGUACAACGUGAUUCCUGGCUACCCCAAGCCAGACACGGAUGCCAUGGAGCCAUCCUACGAGCUUGUCCACACUCAGAUGAAGACGCAGGAGUGGGACAACAGCAAGGCCACCCUCGGGGUGCAGUGCGAGGUGCAGAAGCAGCUGAAGGCCUUCGUGACCCUGGAGCGCUUCGACCAGCUCUACGGCUCCGCCCUCCCCAGCUGCCAGCAGGCCCCCGAGACCAGGAUGUUUGCGUCCAGCGGCUCCAUCUUCGGCAAGGGCGUCAAGUUCGCCCUGAAGGACGGCCGGGUGGCCACGGACAUCAUCAGCGUGGCCAACGAGGACGGGCGCCGGGUGGCCGCCGUCCUGAACAACGCCCACUACCUGGAGAGCCUGCACUUCACCAUCGACGGCGUGGACACGCACUACUUCGUGAAGCCGGGCCCCUCCGAGGGCGACCUGGCCAUCCUGGGCCUCAGCGGGGGGCGGCGGACCCUGGAGAACGGGGUCAACGUCACCGUGUCCCAGAUCAACGCCGUGCUCGGGGGCAGGACUAGACGCUACACGGACAUCCAGCUCCAGUACGGGGCCCUGUGCCUGAACACGCGCUACGGGACGACGCUGGACGAGGAGAAGGGGCGGGUGCUGGAGCUGGCGCGCCAGCGGGCCCUGCGCCAGGCCUGGGCGCGCGAGCAGCAGCGACUGCGGGAGGGGGAGGAGGGCCUGCGGGCCUGGACCGAGGCGGAGAGGCAGCAGGCGCUGAGCACCGGGCGCGUGCAGGGCUACGACGGCUUCUUCGUCCUCUCCGUGGAGCAGUACCCGGAACUGGCCGACAGCGCCAGCAACAUCCACUUCCUGAGACAGAGCGAGAUGGGCCGGAGGUGACAGAGCGGCGCCCCGCCCGGGCUCCUUGCCAAAGACGGCGGCCCCCGCGCGGCCGCAGCUGUGCCGUCCUUUCAAGAGAAGGAGAGGAAAAAGAACACAGUCCAGUCUCUUUUUUUUAAAAAAAAAAAAAGUGCAGAAAACAAAACAAGACAAAGAAAAAAAAGAAGCUACUGUUGCAUUGCGACAGAUGCGGCGCCUCUUUUGUUUUUUAAGAAACAGAACACAGAUUUGUCCUUCACACGAUUUUUGCAGAGAACAGAAGGUAUUUUUUCCCCUCAGUGUGAGCGCAAGGAAACGCCCUUGUCUGUUGUUCCCUUUCACACCCUGGAAGGUUUCUCCUUGUUGUCCCGGGGGUCCCUCCUCGGGUGCCCACAUUCGUGCCCGCUCCCCAGUGUGACGUGAGAUGCAAGUGUCUGUGUGGACUUGUCUGCUGUGCCCUGCCUUCCGUGGGGGCGGGCUGGGAGGAGGGUCUGCCUGGCCGAGCCCCCGGGCUCAGUGUCUCUUGUUUCCUGAACUGCCCCGGCUCUGUCUUUGGGAUCAAGCCCGGUUUCCCCUCUGACGCUAAGCGGCCCCCGCCCCUCGGCCCAUCUGUGAAUCCCCCUCUUCAUCCCCACGUGUCCUCCCCUGCUGGGCAAGUGUCGCUCAGGUCCCUGCUCCCCGCCCGCUGACAGGCCGCGCGCCCCCGAGCCGUCUGUGCGCCCCCAUCCUCCAUGACACUUCCGCCCUCACCUCCUCUCCCCUGCCCACGUCCACAUCCACGUGAGAACCAGCAGCACACAACCAGCCCUCUGUGCGGGCCGCCAGGGAGGAAUCGCCCCUGUGUACCCGCCUUCUCCCCGUCGCCCGGGCAGGGGCUUUCUGUGGGGGCCCCUCUGCCAGCACUGAGGAGGGGGGUGUGGGGACAAGUGGCCUCAGCUCUGGGAAGUCCGCCAGAGAGAGGAAGGCCCAAGCUGCACACCCUCCUCUCCAGCCCGAGGGCCCCGCUGCCUCCCGCUCCCGCGCAUGCAGACGGACAGGCUUCCGGGAGACUUUCCCCUUGACGUUCUUCCCCCGAGAAGCGGCCACGGCUCCGGGGAAUAGCAGGGAGAACGGGAGAGAGCGUGCCUGGGGCCUGGCCCGGCUGGACCCUGCAGCGGGCCAGCUCAGAGGUCCAGCUCCUGCCGGCCGGCAGCCGGGGCGCCCCUCUUGGCGGGGCUCUUAGGAAAACGGGCCUUUUAUGGGUUCCAUUUACAUUACGUGUGGAAAAUGAAUUCUGAGUCUGAGCUCUUCCCCAUGGAAACCUUGUUGGACCGAUAAGCUCAUGGCACCUUUAUAGCCUUAUUCACAGUCUUCAGAGAACGGCGCAAGUUCCUGAGCCCGAGAAGGGCCUUUCCUGCCUGCCAUGGAAGGAACAGAGGCAGCCCGGAGUGUGGGGGUCUCGCCUUUACGUCCUCGUUUGGGGUGCAAGGAUGCGUUUUGCUAAGUGCUCUUCUGGUCUCCCACCCCCCCUCCAAAAAAACCCACAAAGCCCAUUGGUCAUGCUGGGCCCCUGCCUGCCUCUCAGACCCCUGAGUGUUGGGGGCUCUGGGGGCAGCACAGUCUGGCCUAAACACACAUCGGGUUGGGUUGGGUUUUUCUAAUCCAGAAUCAACUCGAUGCCUCUUGGCAUAUUUGCUCUCAAGGGCCCUGGGACAAAGCUGUCUGGACCCCUUGUGGCCCCUCCCUGCAGGGUGCUGUCCUCAGGGGCCAGGGAUGGCCACGACCAAAGGAUCCACUCUCCACCUGCCACCCCUGCUGGCCCCCCUCAAAGCCGUGUCUGUGUCCUGGGCUCCCCCCACCAGCUGACCAGCUCCCCGAGUUUGUGGGAAGGAAUCCAGGCCCAAGAGAGGCAGCUUGGCCGCUGGUCCCCAAGCUCUGUCCGUGCUGGCGAGGGGCUUCGCUCAGCCUGUCUCCGGCCACGGCCAGCAGCCCCAUAAGGGAAGCUGGGAGCCGGGCCUGAGGGACAGGAUGUUUGCUCUGCAGGCGGCCAACCUGGGUUCGAUCCCUGUCGGCCCUUAUGGUCCCCUGAGCACUGCCAGGAGUAACUUCUGAGCAUCGCCGGGUGUGGCCCCCAAACAGAAGAACAGCAGAGAAAGGCAGGGGGUCGGGGACAGGAGCCCGGCGCCUUGGGCAGCCCCUCCUGCGAGCCCCCCCUCCACUGUGCACCACGUCACAGACCUGCACAGAGGUGCCACUUGGGAAGGUCCUGCUUCCUCGCUUCCCCUCCCAGUGCCCCUCAUCUGGUCCUUUCUCUACCACCUCCAGAAGAACUUCUGCGGGCCCCCCCCCACUAAUGGGGAGUGACAUUUCUUCACCCCCAGCCCGGCUAGCUAUGGUUUGAUGCAGCACAAGGAGCCCCGGAGAAAUCCCAGCUACACCUCCCCCCGUGGGGAGUCUCCUAGGAGAGCCAGGGAACGGGGGAGCGGGCCGGCCCCCACGAGGUGCCCGUGCCAGGGGCAGCGUUGGCGUCAGCAGGAUGUGGAGGGCCAGAGCGGGGCUCGAGAGUGAGGCGAACCAGAGAGAAGGCGAGCACUACCAGGUGCCUCCCACACGUGACGAGGAACCGGAGGUGCCUGGGGGUCUUCGAAGAGAGAUAGGGGGGGACCUUUCCAGCGGGGACGUUUUAGGUCCCUGCUGUGGACGAGCAGGUCUGCGGCGUGAGGAGCAGGGCUUGAGGGCGGGGUCUGCGGGUGCAGCCACCCCUGGUCCCCCGGAGGGCGGAGCUGGCCAGGCCACAGCUGCCCUGGGCUUUGGGGUGUGACACAUUCCAAAUCUAACGCACUGUCCACUCCUCCUCCUGGGGGGGGGGCAGGAUAUCCCAGUGCCCCCCGCUGGGUGGGGCUUGCCAGGACUAGAAGCCCAGCCCCGGAGGCCCCACGGCCACUCCAGUUUAGACGCAGGUCUCUGUCUUCGGGAGGGGAGGGAAUUUGAAAUCAUACAGAAACCUGCCCUUCGAGGCCCUUGCAAAGCCCCUCGAGAGACUCGUCUGCUCAAGGGACAGAAACUGGGUCCCGUAACUUCGCCAAACCAGCCCGUGGGCCCCAGCGCAGGCGUCCAGUUCUCUGGGCUCGUCCUGAUCACAGCGGCCGGGAGGUGGGCGGCGCCUUUCGUGGCCCCCACUUCUGCGACACCCAGGGCACGAGCCGGGGAGACACUCCGGCCCCGGGAGGCCGGGGUGGGGGCACAGGCGAGCCUGGAGGCCGGGCGGUCCCCCACGAGCGUGGCCUGGGUCACCCAUCCGAGCCGAGAGAGAACGUUCCAGCCGCCGCCGGAGCCCACAGCCGGGCAGCCGCGCUCCCCACCCCGGCCAUGGACAACCAGCGCUGGAGACUCCGGCCUUACCGUGCGGGAAUCGCUUCCCUGAAGUCUGGAACUGAUUUUGAGAAGUUUUUUGGGUUUUUUUUUCUCUCAACACGGUUGCGUUUCUAACACUGUAUUGUUGACUGUGUAAAUACCGACCAGGCUGUAAAUACAGGCAGAUGUAGAUACCUUCUAGAAAAAAAGAGAAAAAGACAUAAAAAAAAAAAGAAAGAAAAAAACCAACCCAGAAAGUGAUCCCGUGUAGCCUUCGUUGACAAAUAAAAGAAUAUUUUGUGUUUAAA